AUUUUGCUCGUAGUUUGCCUUGUGGCCGUCUUACUUAAUUUAUAAUUUUCUUUAAAAUUACGUCAUUUCUUUCGUUUAAUAUACAUUAAAUUAAAUACUAUGACAUUCGUUGAAUAAUUUAUAUUAUAUCUUGGUUUUCUUAUAACCCAAUUUAAUUGUUAUUUGACUGUGCAAAAUAUUUGUAAGAAAACAAAAUAAAAACGUGAGCGACAGACGCGUUCUGUAACAUGGUCAACAUUAAAUGGUUCCCAGCAGCGCUGGGAAGCCUUGCACCAGCUCUCAUACCACCUGGACACAUUGCUGUGCUAUGGUAUUUUUGGGAUAAGUUUAAUCUGACUGUUGACAAGCAGGUCUGUUCAUGUUCCUGUUGGGAUACCGUAUUCAAAGGUCCUUAUGAAUCUGGAAUUGCAUCAUACAAACACAUGUAUUUCAAUGCCACACAAAAUUCCACAAAAAUGUGGAUCCUCACAGUAAUGGCUGUAAUUGGACUCUACGAAUGUAUCAAACAAUUGAUUUCUUUGACGAUACAAAAACAUGUACGGUAUUCAAUGAUGUUGUUGUUUGCUCUAUCAAUUUUCUCUCAUUAUUAUGCAUGGUGGAUGUGUAUAAAUUAUUAUAAUGACGAUUAUUACCGCCAAUGGAAUCAUCAAAUGUUUUUUACUAUAACUGAACUUAUAUCAACUGUGAUGAUAGUGCACCUAGCAAACAUCCAUAAUCAGGUAACUUCCAAGAAAGUACUGUGUGUUAUUGGCAUUGCUUUGUUGCACAUAGUAACAAGUAGUUUUGAUCAAUUCAUUACCAAUGUUAUUCGUGGCGAAGGAUUUGCCCAUCAAGUUAUACGAGACAUUGGAUUUAUGGUCCCUGAUUUAUUACAAGUAAUCCUUCCAUUAUGGUUAUUCCAAAAAACUCGAAGAGAAUCAUACAGAUCGCUAUAUCAUGAUCGAAUUCUUCAAAAGGAUAUAAUAGCCAUGUGUGUUAUUGUAUUUUUGUUAUUUAUUUUUUGUUCGAUGCUGUGAUCGAAUACAAAGAUCAUUCUGAUGUAAUGUGCCUAGGAAUUGUGACCUACAAUGGAUUUGAUCUUACUUAAAUGGAUUUGAAUUGUACAUCAAAUUGAAAGAAAAUUAUUACCCAUCUGACACUUUGUUGGCGGUCUAGUUAUUUUAGCUAACCCAGUAUAACUUAUCGCUUAGCGAAAACCAAAAAAAAAACUUAAUGUAAAACAAGAAUAUUACGACAAUACGUAUAAAAACUUAUUACUUUUUGUAUUAAAA